AUGCUUAGCCUUGCUUUGCUGUUGCUUCUCUUGGCUACCAGCUCAUACAGUCUCCCUGUGUCUCAGGAUGGAGCCCAGCAGAAUGUGGAGACAGUCUGGAAAUACCUGGAAAACUUGGGUGAAGACAUGCAAGCUAAAAACGUGGAUGCCAAGGAGGUGAUGGCUGAAAAGCUGAGGCAAAUGCAGCAGUCAUUUGGGCUGAAAGUGACAGGAAAUUCAAAUUCUGAAACCCCGAGUGUUAUCAAGACACCCAUGUGUGGGGUGCCUGAUGUGACCCCAUAUUCCAUUACUUAUAACAAUACUCAGUGGACCAAAACACAUCUGACUUACAGCAUUUUAAACUACACACCACAUUUGCCAAGAAAAGUUGUGGAAGAUGCCAUUGAGAGAGCCUUUAAAGUCUGGAGUGAUGUGACACCACUAACAUUUGAAAGGGUCUUUGAGGAGGAAGGAGAUAUUGUGCUCUCCUUCCACCAAGGAGACCAUGGUGACCUUUACCCAUUUAAUGGAUCUAAAUCCCACUUUGCCCACGCUUUUCCGCCAGGCCCAGGUUUGGGGGGCGAUGUUCAUUAUGAUCUGGAUGAGACGUGGACCGACAACAGUGACAAUUUCAACUUGUUCUACGUUACAGCUCAUGAACUGGGCCACUCCCUUGGACUCUCCCAUUCUAAGGAUGAAGAGGCACUAAUGUUCCCCAGCUACACAUGGAACAAUAAAGACUUUGUACUAAACCAGGACGAUAUUAAUAAAAUCCAGGCUUUAUAUGGGCCUUCCCCAAAUCCUAUCCAGCCAACAGAUGCCACACCAGAUCCAUGUAAUAGUGGUCUGACCUUUGAUGCUAUAACGACAUAUCGGGGGGAGGUGAUAUUCUUUAAAGACAGGUUCUACAUUCGUGUAAUUAGCUUCCUGCCAAAACCUUUGAUCAAUGUGAUAGAUCUUAUCUGGCCAGAUUUGCCAAGUAAAAUUGAUGCUGCUUAUGAAGCUAGCUUAGUAGAUGAGCUCCGCUUUUUCAAAGGCAAUAAAGUCUGGGCUGUUCAGGAACAGAAUGUACUGAGAGGAUUCCCCACAGACAUCCACAGCUUCUUUGGCUUCCCUAGCAGUGUGACACACAUUGACGCUGCCGUUUGUGAGGAAGAGACUGGAAAAACAUACUUCUUCGUUGACAACAUGUACUGGAGGUAUGAUGAAAAUACACGGUCCAUGGAUCCAGGUUACCCUAGAUUAAUAGCAGAAGACUUUCCUGGAAUUGAUGAUAAAGUUGAUGAUGUUUUCCAGAAAGAGGAUAAUUUCUAUUUCUUUCACCAAUCAACUCAACACAUUUUUAACCUCCAAACAAGAAAAAUUGUUGAUGCCCCUGAUUCUAGUUCCUGGUUCAACUGCUAA